UACAUGCAAGGUAUGUAUACAAACAAAGGCAUAAUAAUGGUUGCCCUCGCCUUCAGGCGCGAGUGGAUAGAUAUUAUAAAUAAUCAAACGGGGCAAGGCCAGCCCGACAUAUGUAUUGCUCCUACUAGUCCCUUGCUCUCGCCCUCUCCUCAGCUCUCUCUCUCUCUCUCUCUCUCUUUCUUUCUUUCUUUCCCGCACUCGAUAACCGUUCGCAGUAUUGUUAUUUAUACACAACAGCGUAUUUCUCUCUCUCCUGCUGGUCAGCCUAACCCGUUCCCCGACUCAGCGUGCACUUCGCGCGAGUCACCGGCCACCGCCACACGCUCGCUACAGUACACAACCCAUCAUCCUGAAACCCACCAUAGUCUUCCUGAAACAUUGCACCAAAGACGCUCAUUACGUCCAAACCAACGGCGCAUCCUCUGCCCAGGAGCCCUCGAAACAUCUUCACCAGGAAAAGCAACCAUAACUGCCCUAUCUGCCUCUGCGUCGAACCAGCUCAACCGCUGUGCAAAAUCUCCGACCCCAUCCUCGUCGCGCAGGGUCUCCUCGCCAGCGAUUCCAGUAACAAGAGAGAACAAAGCGGACUCGAGAGCACUGCACCCUGCUGCGCCCCCGCGCCCCCUGCGUACUCUCUGUACCCUUUUGAUCCCAUCACCCUGCGGGCAUCCCCUGGCGAAAAUAAUAACCCCGUCGCCGUCCUGCUGGUUUCCGACUGAAAAAGAUACAAACUCCACCUUGGCCCAACCGUGCUUCCCUUUGCCCCCUCCCCAACAGCUAUAGUAAUUCCUAAUCGGUAUGUAUAUGUUGUUGUUGUUGUAUUCCCUAAGCAACAGGUCCCCUACUUUCUUUCCGCUCGCAUCUCUUCGCAUACUCGUCGUCCUCGGGUAUUGACAGCUUCUUCACAUCCUCUAUUGCGGUUCAACUUCAAUCAAACGUCUGCAUCGCCAGUUUUC